AUGUACGCCUUCUACUCGCUGCUCAUCUACAUCUUCUACAGCCUUUUCCGCAGGGAUGGAGGGGCCGGGGCGUCCGCCGACUCCAGGGACCCCGCCCAGAGUGCCCGCUGCAAGCCCGGGGAUCGCCGCCGUCCCCACCAGCCCCCUGCAGAACUGUGGACCGAGCUGACCGGCCUGGUCGGCUGCGCAGAGUCGGAAGAUGAGCCUGGAGAGGGAUCCGAGGGCCGCCCCGCUGAGGUCUCCCUGGAAGAGGCUCUCGUGCGUCUUGCCGAGUUCCUUUCAGUCCAGCUGGGGGCGGAAGAGAGCUGCGGGUAUCCUGCCGGUCUGAGCAAGCCUGGUGAUGUCCCCCCACUGUUGACGGUGACUGGUCAGCUCUUGGCUCUCCUGGCAUGGAUUCGGAGCCCCAGGGGGAGGCAGGCCCUGCCCCAGGAAACUCAGCCAGCCUCGAGGGUGCAGCCCCCCACUACUGCUGGACCCACAACCCAAGAAAACCCUUCCCUUUCACCGAGGGCUGAGGCCCAGGGGCAGCAGCCCCCCCAGUUGGCGGAGGACCAGAGGGCUUGGCAGCAGCUGGAGCAGCUCGUUCUUGGACAGCUGGAGGAACUGAAGCAGCAGCUGGAUCUGCAGGAGGAAGGGCUGGGCCAACUUCACCUGGGAGUGGGGGCGACAGACUCCGAGAAAAGGGUGCAGCAUCUAACCCUGGAGAACGAGGCCUUGAAACAGAGCCUGAUCCUCACUCAGGAUCUCCUGAGACACUGGGGUGCUGGCCUCCCUGCCAGGGCUCCCCAGGAGGAGGCAGAGGCACUGGUGGAGCUCCAGGGCCAGCUUCAGGAGGCCCAGGAGGCCACAGAAACCCUCCGAGUCCAGCUGGGGGUGCAGGAGGUGCAGCUGCAGGGCCUCCGGGGGGCCCUCCGGCAGCUCCAGCAGGAAACAGAGCAGAGCUGCAGAAGGGAGCUGCAGCAGGUGCACGGGCAGCUGGCAGGACUCCGGGCACGCAUGGCCAGCCUGCGUCAGGGCUGCGGGGACCUCCGCGGUCUGGUCAGCACCUUUACCCAGAGCUGCCAGGGCUCCCUGAGCGAGGCCCGGGGCCAGGUAUCCUGGGCCCUGAGGGCACUGUCAGUCAAUGGGGCGGGGCCUCAGCUUCCCGAAGGGCAGCAGGAGCCCCCAACCGGAUGCCCAGGGCGGCUACUGGAGCUCAAGGGAAAUAUCCGCGUGCUGUGUCGGCUGAGGCCAGGGACGCCCUCCAGCCUGGUGAGCUCGGAGCCCGGCCCAGGCGGCACGGUCACCACCUGCUAUCGAGGGCACCAGCGUCGCUUCCGCCUGGACUGGGUCUUCCCUCCAGACGCCAGCCAGGAAGAGGUCUUCAGGGAGCUGGAGCCCGCGGUGCUGUCCUGCCUCCGAGGCUACAGUGUCUGCAUUUUCACCUAUGGCCAGACAGGGACUGGAAAGACCUACAGCAUGGAGGGCCCACCCGAGGACCCCGGCAUAGCUCCUAGGGCGCUGCAGUCACUGUUCCGGGAGAUGAGGGCCGGAGGGCACCCCCGAGUGACCCUCAGCAUGGUGGAGAUCUACAACGAGGCUGUCAGGGACCUCCUAGCCCCCGGGCCCCCUGAGCGCUUGGCCGUGCGGCAGGGCCCUGAAGGUCAGGGAGGGAUCCAAGUGGCCGGCCUCACGUACUGGGAUGUGCCCAACCUGGAGACCCUGCACCAGAUGCUGAGCCUGGGGAGGAGCAACCGGGCCACCGCCGCCACCGCCAUGAACCAGCACAGCUCUCGCUCUCACGCGCUGGUCACGCUGACACUGGAGGCAGCGUCUCCCCCGCGCGGCCCAGGUGCCACCUUCGGCCCAGACAGUUGA